AUCAUUCAUCUCGAUCAUCACUCCAGACUCUAUUGCGACGCUUCCACAAAGCUCUCAGCUUUAAUAUCUUUGUCAUUCUCAGCACUAUUAUCUCUACUCGCCAUCAUCACCUCGUACACCAUGCGCUCCGUCUCUUUCGCCACCGCUCUUGCCGCCUUGGCCUUAGGUGCCUCAGGUUUACCGCAAGCCCGUGAUGCCUCAGCAUCGCCCCAAGUCCUCGAGCAGCGAGAGUACGUGUAUGACUGCGACUGCCGCAAACCAACAGACGAAGCGCACCCCUGCGGCAGCAUUCAGAAGAACGACCCGGACCCGUCAAAGGGGAAGCUAAACUUCGUGGCGACGUGCGGCACGGAGUGCAAGGUCACGGUGGGCGGCAAGGACGUCGAGUUCAAGUUCUACAGCUCGAUAGGACAGGAGGGCGCCGAGCAGUACGGUAUAUCGCCCUGGGCGUGCACCAAUUCGAUGAACCAGGCUGCCUGCACAUUCGACUGGUACGGCGCGAUGGUCAACGUCUACUGCCCGUCGGGCUAGGCAAGUGCCGUGUCAGAGCGGGCCGGCGGGAAUGCAGAACGGGAAUGCGCGACGCAGACUUCCCACAAUCAACCGGUGCC